CCGGAUCCUGACCUCGCCCCCUCUCUAGGCAGAGGCCCUGGCCCUGCCCGGGACUGUGGGAGCAAUCGUUGAAUCGUCGUGGUGGGCUCGGAAGGACCCUCUGGAAGUCAUCCGGUCCAAGUCCCCUCAGUGACACGACUGGUUGUCACAGAAGAGUCCAACCCGGGCCUGUGACUCCAAAACUUUCCUUUGCCUCCUUUCUCGGGGCUGCCCCAACGCCUCCUCCCCUUGCCCCACGCCAGUUCGGUUUUAAAGUUUCUCCCUUGCUAUACAAAUGAGCUGUCUUACCCCAGGAAGAGGCUGACCCAUCUCUUCAGGCUCUUGAGUCCCGCCAAGAAGACAUCUUAAAACGCUUGUAUGAACUGAAAGCUGCUGUUGAUGGGCUCUCCAAGAUGAUACAAACACCAGAUGCAGACUUUGAUGUGACAAACAUGAUCCAAACUAACGAAUGCACUACUUUAAAAACUGCUAAUGCAGUAGACUUAGAUUCAAUGCUUGGGAAGGAUUAUGGAGCAUUGAAAGAUAUUGUAAUCAAUGCAAACCCAACUCUGCCUCCACUUUCCCUGUUGGUGCUACACAGCUUUCUUUGUGAACACUACAAGAUAUUAUCAACUGUUCAUGUGCAUUCAUCUGUAAAGAAUGUUCCUGAAAAUCUUUUGAAGUGUUUUGGAGAACAGUCUAAGAAACAGUCCCGUCAUGAGUAUCAGUUGGGCUUUACUUUAAUUUGGAAGGAUGUGCCAAAGCCCCAGAUGAAGUUCAGUAUUCAAACAAUGUGUCCUAUCGAAGGUGAAGGGACCAUUGCUCGAUUUUUGUUCUCACUGCUUGGCCAGACACAUGAUGCUGUUAGUCUAACACUUAUAGAUCAUUGGGUGGAUAUGGCUUUUUUUCAGUUGAAAGAAGGAAGCAGUAAAGAAAAAGCAGCUGUCUUGCGCUGUAUUAGCUCUGCUCUUGGCAGAGGUCCCUGGCUGGUGGGAAAUGAACUCACUGUAGCAGACAUUGUAGCUUGGGGUGUACUCCAGCAACUGGGUGGCCCUAAUUCUGUUCCAAGUGAUAUUCAAAAAUGGAUGAAAUCGUGUGAAAAUUUGGCCUCUUUUAAUAGUGCCCUGAAACUCCUGAAGUAAAUUCUUAGAAUACAUUUUAAAAGUGGCAUGACUGAAAACCUGUACUGCCUCAUGCCUGUUGGUAAAUGCACUUAUAUUAAAAUGUCUUACAGCCAGAUGUCAAACACCAAUAAAAUUAUCAUAGUA